UCUAAUAUUAAGAUAUAAUUUGAAAUAUACUGAUUUUACAAUAUCUAAUUCAUCGCCAGGUACCUUCAUGUCUUCCUGGGCCUGCCUCUGUGGCUGCAAGACGAAACUGGGCAAACCAGCCAAAGCCUUUGGUCUGAAUAUAUUGUCCGCCAUUCUUCAGAUGGUCUCCUUCGUGGUUAUCGUCGGCUGGGUGUGGUCUAUAAUUUGGGGCAUGCAUUUUGUACAGAUUGCUACUCAGUCGGACCAUGAACCUGUAAAAACGCCCUACUAUGUCCGACGCCAGAGCAGCGUCGUCGAAUGA